UUCUUCUCUCUGGUCUGGUACAGUAGUGAGCAUGGUGCUUUCUUUCCAUCAUAGUAGUGAGUAGUUCUCGUGAUCGCGAGGUUUAACAUCGGGGAAAAGGUGAAGGAAAAAACAUUCAGUUAAAUAGACGAUUGUUUUAGGCCAAUUUAGGCUAUUCUUUUUCCUAGUAUUCAACGGCAGAAUUGAGUACGAUCUCAGGACGAUUUACGAUCAUUGGAUUCUUCCAGAAAACGGCAUGUGCAAAAUGAUUCUUUAGUCUUCCGAUACUACAUCAUAUAGGACGGAAUUUUGAUUCCCUUACGGAAUCCCUUGAUUCUCUUGCGAGCAAUUUGCGUGAAACGAGUAAUGGCGCACUUUGCGAAUACAAACGCCGAGCUGGAUCAUGAUCGGAUGGACUAUACGCUAUACGUAAAUAGUUUGGCGGUACAUUUAGAUAAAUGGGCUAUUGAAGACAUCUUUAUUCAGUAUGGUAAAAUUACGAAAAUGUUCUUUCCUGAUAACCCUCUUACCACGUGGUGCUUUAUCUCAUAUGGAUUUUUACAUGAAGCUGAGCUUGCCAUAGAAGAGCUUAAUAAUAAAAAACCGCUCAAUCUGAAAGUGGAAUUUGCAAACCCUCCUAUGAUAAAACAAAAAUCAAAUGUGAAAGGCAAUUUUAAACAAUCAGAGGUGAUAAACGCUGCAGAUUCACUACCCAUUCCAGAUGAUAUAAAACAUCAGAAUAUGGGUCAUUCGUCAUACAAACAUGUAAUGCCACAAAUAGUAGUACCACAUAGUGUAGACCAUGGAUUAUCUUCACCUUCAUGUUCACAUACAGCUAGUGAUAUUGAUAAAUCUUAUAGCAAUACCAAUCAAUUAUAUUGGACAAGCACCAUAUUUCACUGAACCUCCAAAUGAGGCACAAAUUGUAAUUGCGCUAUACACCGAUGGCAACAGUAUCGUGCUCUGGACCACAGCUGUGCAGCAAAAACAUUCUUAAAAGAUGUUCCUCUUAACAUACCCACAAAUCAAGACGUUGACAUCUAUCUUCGCGAUUUACAGACAACGAAGUACCUCUAAUAUGUACAUUCGAGGGUUCUUCUAAGGAUGGAGUUCGUUUAAUCACGCCUACAGGCGAAUGUGUUAAUGACAAAAUAAAUGAAUUGUUAAUCCCGGGGUGGAAAAGAAAGAACAGUGAUGAUUAUACUUGCUAUAUGAUAAAAGACAUCGAAGUGCCAAGUUUAGGACGCAGUAGUGACACCGUAAAAGCAAUAAUAUUGCACAAAAUACGGGUAGAUCAAUUCACGUUGGCUCCUUUCGAUUCACAAUUGAUAUCCGAUUUCUUCGAAGACAUGCCCGCAAUGUUAAAAGAAUAUUGCGAAAAAACGGAAUAUUAUAUACCAAGAGUUAAUGAAUUAUGUUUGGCAUUGCUCAAAGAAAUAAAAGGAUUGUAUAAGAAACAAAACUUGAUAAUAAACUGAAAUUAUAAAAUGAAAAAAGACAAAUAAUCAAACUAUACAAUAUACAACUGUCACUGUUUACAAACUUUUAUAAAGACAUGAGACCAUGUGUUUUA